UUACUACAACUACUUUCAUUUCACGGUCACCGUACCUUUUUCACGUCGACGUCGCAUUCCAAAUAAUCCCUACCUGGCGCGCGCGCGCGCGCACCCUGCCGCCUGCCGAUGGAAUUGGCCAAUUCAUGGCUGCUCCUCGCCGGGCCCGUGCACCCGCCCACUAUAUAAACCCCCUGCACGGCUGCACCACGCACACGCGGCGCCAGAACCUGCACGAGAGUAGUGCGUCUCCGUCCUCUUCCAGGCUCACCCACCGCUCGCCACCGGCCGGCCACCGGUGCGUGCGAGUGCGUCUACAAGAGGCAGCCGGCAAAGGACGUACUACUAUCGAUGCUGCUGCAAAGGCGCGGCGGUCUCCUCUGCUGCGGGUGCGGCGGCAGCGCGGCGGCCGUUGCCGUCAGCGGCCGCGCGCCCUUUUCGGGGGACGACGACAGCGCCGCCGAUGGCCAUCCUCUCGGCGCCAAGAGGGCGGUCGGUAUCGCUGCCGCCACCGCGACGGCGAGGCAGCUGUCGUGGGCACAGGUGGAGGCCAUGACGGGCGGCUUCACGUCGGCCGUCGUCGGCGAGGGCGGCUUCAGCACCGUGUACCUCGCCCGCCUCGCGGGCUCCCUCGCCGCCGUCAAGGUCCACCGCAGCAGCGAGCGCCUCCACCGCGCGUUCCGCCAGGAGCUCGACGCGCUCCUCCGCGUGCGCCACCCCCACAUCGUCCGCCUCCUUGGCUUCUGCGACCAGCGAGACGAAGGCGUGCUGGUGCUGGAGUUCGCGCCGAACGGGAACCUGCACGAGCAGCUCCACGGAGGCGCGGCGCCGACGAUGCCGUGGGCGCGGCGGGUGUCGGUGGCGCUGCAGGUGGCCCGCGCGCUGGAGUACCUCCACGAGCGGUGCGAGCCGCAGGUGGUGCACGGCGACGUGAAGGCGUCCAACGUGCUGCUGGACGCGGGCAUGGGCGCCCGGCUGUGCGACUUCGGGUCGGCGCGCGCGGGGUUCUCGGCGGCCGUCGUCGCCCGCCCUGGCGCGCGCCCGCGGGUGCGCGCCGUGCUGGGUUCCCCGGGCUACGUGGACCCGCACUACCUCCGCUCCGGCGUGGUCACCAAGAAGAGCGACGUGUACAGCUUCGGCGUGCUCCUGCUGGAGCUGCUCACCGGCGUGCAGGCGUUCCGCGACGGCCGGCUCCUGACGGCGUCCGUGGCGCCGAAGCUCGUCGCUGCCGCCGCGGGCGACGCCGUGGCAGGCGAGCUCGUGGACCGGAGGCUAGGGUGCAGGUACGACGCCCGCGAGGCGGCGGCCGUGGUGGCGCUGGCGGCCGCGUGCGUCGGGGACAACCCGAGCCUCCGGCCGUCAAUGGCCGAUGUUGUGCGGACCCUGGAGCAGCUGCAGCACGGCCGCUCCUCGGUCGUCGUGUCCACCGCCGCUGGUGGGAAGCUGUAGUGCAGCCGUGGCUGGCGAUGGCGAGGGAGGGUGGUGGUGGGGAUCAAUCAGAUGCAUGCUCUGAUAUCAUCCGACGUGGCGGGCAUUGUGGCCGUGGGAUCGAUGCGAUUGCUCACCUGACCUUCUAUUGGGAAUUGUAUUUGGUUGGUGAGGAACAGGAGCCAGUGCUGAAGCCUACCGGACGAACAGACAUCUGGUUUGUUUGGACAAGGACUUGAGUGGACGGAGGAGGAGAAACCUUUAUUUCCAUUCCUUUGGGAUUGAUUUGCUAAUUGCUAGCUUGUCAUAUCUUUUAUCUGGGAUGAUGGGUUAUAUUAGUAGUAGGGAAUGCAUAGUAGCUUGGUAGUGCAUGCAUGCAACAGCUGAGGUAAGGAGGAGGAUGGAAUUCUCGGCCACUCCAACCAAGUGUGUAUAUAUAUAGUAACUACAAUUGUACGUACAUUGUAUAAAAGAAAGAGAGUUGCUGCUGCUUCUUCUUGUUCCAUGCGUG